AAUUGUAGUGAAGAAAUAUCAAAAUUAUAGUAGAGAAAUAUCAAAAUUAAUGGUAGAGGAAUGUCAGGUUUAUAGUAGAAAAGUGUCAGAAUUAAUGAUAAAGGAAUAUCAGAAUUGUAGUAAAGAAAUAUCAGAAUUGAUGGUAAAGAAAUAUCAGAAUUGUAGUGGAGAAAUAUCAGAAUUGAUAGUAAAGAAAUAUUAG